CCUAAUCCCACGGUCGACUCCACACUAUCCACCCUCGGAUCAAGAGGUUUGCUUUAGUUCAGUGUUAUGCCUACGCACUUGUAAUAACCGUUUAAUUAUAGGAGAGCUUAGUUGGCGUUGUGAGAGGACCACCGUGGAAUUUGUUCAGCAACUUGCAGGAAAAGUUUGGAACCUAUUCACUCGCUACAAAGUUGCAAACAACGUUUUUUGAAUGGAGGCUUCGGCUGUGAGCGCCAUAGUGAAGUUCGGAAAGGGGGCGCAGGCUGGGUCGUAGGCUAUCUGAUCUGACUUUAUAACCAGACAGUAUCCUGUUGCGAGCAGAGUCAGCUGGCUCACYGAGGAAACGACGGAGCUUCUUCUCGCUAUUAUUCGGAUCUUUGUCCAUUCCGGAGUAGGCCUAGGCAUAAUUGCUUCUGCGGGAUAGCUGACACAUUACGGGAGAAACUGUACUUUAACUUCGGGUUGGGAUCUCCACGUCAGAAUACCGCGUGACAGUGCUCUCUCUCCGCUGCCUGGACUGGACAGUAGACUGCGGGAGCUGUGUGAAGUGUAACAAGGCAGUGUACGGAGCCACUGAGGCCUGCCAGGCUAUGGGAAGCCUCUAUCAUGAUGUCUGCUUCACCUGCAGCGCCUGCAGCAGAAGGCUACGGGGGAAAGCAUUUUACUACGUCGGUGGGAAGGUGUUCUGUGAAGAGGACUUUCUGUAUUCUGGAUUCCAGCAGUCUGCAGACAAGUGUAACGCAUGCGGACAUCUGAUCAUGGAUAUGAUCCUGCAGGCCCUUGGGAAGUCCUACCACCCUGGCUGUUUCCGUUGRGUCAUCUGUAACGACAGUCUGGACGGAGUGCCCUUCACUGUGGACACAGAGAACAAGAUUUACUGUGUCAAAGACUACCACAGGGUCUUGGCCCCCAAAUGUACAGCAUGUAACCAGCCCAUUCUGCCUUCAGAGGGCUCUGAUGAAACCAUCCGAGUGGUAUCCAUGGAUAAAGACUACCACGUGGAGUGCUAUCACUGUGAAGACUGUCAGAUGGAGCUGAACGACGAGGAGGGGCACCGCUGCUACCCGCUGGACGGCCACCUCCUCUGCCACGCCUGCCACCUGAAGCACAUCGAGCCGGGCUGCGCCUCGCCCACCGCUGCCUCCUACCAGCACCAGUUCUAGUUUUAGGAUAGAACCUGGUGCCACCAGGUGGCCCUCUGAACUAACUGCCAAUAACCAACCAUAACCAAUCUGCCAAAAACAAAGCUGUCUAUAAUGGUUUGGAUGAUAAAGUAUGCCUUUACUGUACAUGCCUGAUGUAAGUGAGGUCUCUGUAAGCGUUAAUUGUGCGAUUUGUUGAUUGAUUGAUUGCGRGUGUGGGAGUGUGCUUGUAAAUGACCUGUUAUUAUUUUUUAUGUAAAAAUCUAUUUCUCUAUUGAAAACAUUGUUUAUUAGUUGUAAAGUGUUGAACUUUCAUCUGACACGAAUGUUAAUAAUCUGGAAAUAACAAACUUUUUAUUUUAAAUAUAUAUAUAUUUAAAUGCCAAAGCACAGUUAUAUUUUAAUGACUGAUACCAAGACAAUUAAGCAUGGAAUUAUAACAAUACAAUUCAUAGUCUCAAUUAGGUGCAUUGUGUGUAAAUAAAUAUACAUUUCAUGUGCUUGUGUAAAUAUCCUGAUCUUCAUUUUCCCCUUUGUGUGCCACCAAUUUCAGUUGCUCAGUUUGAAUCAAUGUAUUUGUAGAUACUGAUACAGUAGAAAUAGUUUGCAUGGCUUAAUAGAGAAAUUGCUCAGUUUUGUUGUAUGUCUCUGUGUGUGGUUUAUGGUGUGUUUCCAUUACAUUUUAUACUAGAAAUACAUGCAUUGCUAAUUUWAGCUAAUAUGUAGGCAGUGUCUAGAAAGUCAAAGUUAGCAAUUUAAUACACAUACUGCACAUGG